AUGCGCGCCGAGAGUGUACAUCGCACUUCAUCGGUGCGCACCUCUUCAUCACACCGGAGCACUAUAGAGACUCGCGGCGCGCCAGAGUUCGAUCGUGAGUAUGCACGUCAGCUGAGCUUAGCCAAGCGCGGCCGCAACAGCAGCUUGAAGACGUCUCAGCGCACUACACCGGUGCACGAGUUGCCUGUAGAGAGUCAGCUGUACGGCUCCGCAGCUCUGGCGGCCUCUCGCAUCAAAGACUACGUCGCGACGCACGUCACGCCGCCUCGCAUUCCUCACUUGAGUAGCGUCAGUCACAGCAGCGAGCACAGCGGCAAAUCUAUCGGCGCAUCCAAGGUGGGGACGACACACCAGCGUUCGUCGCAGGCUCUCGCAACACCGACCAGUGGGGAGGAAGGUACGUGGCUGGAAACGCCGUUGUUCCUCAAGACCACGCGCCGCGGCAGUGUCUUCGAUGAAAUGGAGGCCCCCACGGCAGCGGCGACAAGCGCCGAAGUGAGUUUUCUACUCUUCUUGAUCAAGACAAUACUUUUCGUCGGCAUUGUGUUAUUCACUGUGCUCUGCGCUAUUUCCUUCGUCGUGUCGGCCUCAGCCGACUACAACCCAUCAUACUUUGCCUUUAGCGGGGCCGCGUCGCCUCAUCGGCCGCGGAUGCGCGACGGCACCGUUGGCAGACGGGGGUGGCCUGACCGGCUUGUGCCCGAGUUUCACCGCCAGGUGGCGCUGCACAUGCGCCGAGCACUGUGGAACGUGCUCAGCUACGUUGGCGUUCCCAGUGUCUUCCGUUUCGUUGACUCGGUGUUGGCAGCCUCCAAGGCAUAUAUUUGGGAUCCCGUGCACGCGACGCUGCUCCGCAUCCAUCGGCAGGUGCAUCCGGUGCUUCGGUACAUCUUCUUGAACGCCACGGAGGGCGGCGAGGGGUGGGGCCUCACCACCGUUAUCACUCUCGCGGCGUCGGUGGCGCGCUCCCUGGUGCAGCUCGUCGUUGAUCCUGUGUUCAUUGUUGGCCGUACCCUGCAGGCGCUGUAUAGAUGGCUUGGCGGGCCAACGGCCUUGUUUUCCACCUCGCUGAAUCCGCUGCAUGCGACCCCUGGCAACAUGUCCUCUGUGGUGGCCGCAGUAAAGGCGAAUCGCACCUCAGUCACCACGCGCGCCGCCUCGCCAGCCCUGCUCUGGUUGUGGAGGCCCUUGCACUCACUGUGGGGAGUGGCCAUCUCCGCCUACUACUCUCUUGGUGACACACCGGAGCCGCGCAACCACUCCACCUCGACAGCAACAAUAACGAGCCCGUCGACAACCCCUAACAGCUCUCCACUCUCUAACAGGAUCGAGAAGACACAGUCGACGAUGUCGGCGGAGGUUACCCCGUGUUUCGCCGCUGCGCACGUCGAGGUGCGAACGGCGCACGCGCGUCGCUUGGAAGGCGCGCUGUGGCCGUCGUUGCUGGACGCGCACCGUCACGAGAUUGAGGGUUUGGCGAAGGAUGACGUGUGGGAGCUGCUGCGAGGCGACGGCGACGCAACGCGGAGAGUCGAUGUAGCGCUGCGCGCUGGCAGCCUCCUCAUAGACAUCUCGGUAACGCCGCAGGUGACUGUGGAGAGCACUUCACGGACGGCAGGCGGCGAGGUGGAUAAAACGUCAGGGGCUGCGGAGCCAGCGCGUCGUGCUCGGCAGACUGCCAUGGACGCUGAGCUGCAGCAGUGGCCUUUCCCUCGCCUGCAAGCCUUCUACAACCGGGCCGUCUCAACUGCUGAGUCGCAGAGGACAAGUGCAGCAACGUUUGCCGCCGCGGUCGCCGCGUGCGAGGGCCGGGUGACAGAGUGCCAGCAGCAAUGCGCAUCGAUUCGACGUAAGUUGGAGCGCGAGCUUCACAACUGCACUAGCUACGCGACCAAGUCGAAUCCGUCGCGCGUGAAUACGAACGAGGAAGCAGCAAAGGAGGUGAGCGCGCCGCUUCGCGAGUGCAGUGAUGAGGUCGCUAAUUGCCAUGCGAGCCUCUCACGCUCCUCAGCUGAUCUCGCCGAGCAGGAGAGGUGCGCGGUGCUGCGCGAACGAGAGAGCCAUGAGUCCCAGCUGCCGCUCGCAGCUGCUCGGGAGGGGGCCACUGGCGCUGCCGCUGUCCUCGCUGCGGGUUUCAGCAACUCUGAGGAAGAGCGGCAGCGGUGCGCCGCGAGCUUGGCGACGGCCGCGCAAGAGUGCGAGCAGCGUGUGCGCGACACACGCAGCGCGUUGGACGCUGAGCAUGCAAGACAGCUGACCUCUUUCAGAGAGGAGUGCGCCGGUCAACGCAUCGCGCUGGAGACCGCGUCGUUGGAGAAGGUCAAAUCGGCAGUGCAGCAGGUGGAGGCGACGUGCGGCGAGCAGCUGAAGAUGAAUAUGGCUGUAUUCAACGAUAGCGCAGCCAGCGCCCUUGCUCGUCUUCAAGAGGCGCUGACUGCCGCCAAGGCAGACGCUGAGAAGCGCGUGGCCACCUGCGCGGAUGCUGCUGAGCAGGCCCGAGUCUCCUUUAGCGCCGAACGCGCGCAGCUGGAUGCCUCCUGCGCGGCUCAGCUGCGCAGCACCCAGCUGAGGUGCGAGACGGCAGAGCGCCGCGCGGCGGAGGAGCGGUGUGCGGCAAAACUGGCGGCGCUGGGCGAAGAGACGCGCCGCACGAGCACCGCUGCAGCGCAGAAGGCUGAGGCUGCAUGCACGGAGCGCCUUUCUAGGGAGCUAUCUGCUCUCAACAGCAGCGCGGCUACGGCUGAAUCUGAACUUCAGCGGGUGCUGGAGGAAGGUCAGCGGGAAGCUCUGCGAAGCGCUUUUGCGUGCGAUGCUUCACGGCGGCAAGCUAAGGCGGAGUGCGAGAUGACGCUAAAGCGCGUGCGCGAGGAUUGCACCGCGGAGCUUGUCAAGGUACGUGAGAACAGCACUGCGGCGGCGCAGCGGGCACGGGAGGAGGAACGGGAAGCACAGCAGCGUAUCUCUACAAGCAAUUGGCGGCUCGAGGAGGAGCGACUCGCAGCGCAGUGUGCGGCUACGACUCAAGCGGCUGUCAGCGAGGCCUCCCAGCUGCUGGCUGCGAAGCACGUUAAGGCACAGGAGGAGGCCGCGAUCGAGGAGCAACGGCGCACGGCGACGCAGCUGCGUCAACGAGACGAGGCUUGCCGGAUGCAAAGCGAGGCGCUUCUGAGGCGCCAUCAGGCGCAAGUGCGCGAUCUUGACGCUCAAGUCACCGUUUGCACGGCACAGCUCCAAGGUGCCGAGGCAAUCCAUCAAGAAAUGGCGCAGAAGGCGCGUCAGGUGUUUCACGCGGCGAUGGCUGACAGCGCGACGGAGGCGUGCUUGGAGGUGACGCAGCACAAUCUACACGUCUGCGCUGACGUGCGCAAAGGUGUCGAAGAAGAGCUGCGCAGGCUGCCCCUCAACGCGAGCUCCGCGGACGCCCUUGCGCAGCUGCUCAAGAGCAGCGUUGAGCCGGGAAAGCUCGUGUGGACGUUCAGCGGAGCCUCGGUGCAUGCACCGAGGGGCGGCGAGACUGCUGCCGCUGGUGGGCGUCAGGCGUACUUCACCCCGUAUCUCCGCGUGUCGAGCAUGCUUUUUGUUUUGCUGGCUUCUGUCUGCGUUCUGACGAAGUACCCGCGGGCCCGCCGCUUGUCAGAUGACAAAAUCGCGCGUCUUGACACGCUCAUAGCCGAAAACGAGACAGCGACGACGCUGCGCUCACCAGCGCUGUCGUCGCGAUCGAAGAGGAGCCGAUCCAGGCACCCCGGGCAGUUUCUUGCGGACGGCGAAGCUCCUCUGAACUGGGAUGUGUUUGAGACUUGCAUGACGAACAGCUUGGAGGCUCUUCUAGCGUGGCACUCCACGUGCUGUGCUGUGCUGUUGGAGCAGGAGACGCGCAAGCUGCGAGGGCGAUUGUACCAAGUGAACAUGUGCGGGGGCACGCCGGCGACGGAUGCGUUCACCUGGCUCUCAGAGAGCGUGUUGGGCGACGCACAUGCCCUCUCUCUCUCCCGCGCAGGUCGUGCCGAGAGUCGGAGCUCGGCAUCCACCCUCCCUACCGCGCGUGAAGACGCCAGGCGGUUGUCGCAGCUGCACGCUGCCUUCAUCAAUGGCUACUACGGCAUGCUGGAGAUGUACUACGUGGACUUGCUCAGCGCUGUCGCGAACCGUGAGCUGACGGGUCGUCAGCUGCAGGAUGUAGAGUCUGUGGCGGCGCAGCAGGCUGCGGCGCUGCACAAGCAGUCUGCAGUCGUGGCGCAGCUCAAGCUGUCUCUCGCGAAGAAGGAAAACCCUGCUAGCACCUCAACCAUCAAGGACAAACUCGCCAAGGCCGAGCGACGCGCUGCAGCGCAGGAAGAAACGGUCGCCUUCCUCGAGAAGCAGCUGAAAAUCAGCAGAGAUGAACUCAACAAGACCCGUGGUAUGGUGAGCUCACCAGCGCCGUCCCCCAGUACCACGGUGGCGACUGCAACGGCAACUGCGCCGGAGAGCUCGAAGUCGCGACACAUGCGUUCCUUGCAGGAGUUGGCCGAUGGCGCCGCCGACGGCGACUCUAGCAACACCUCCGACUUCUCCAACCUGGGAAGAGAACCGGACGCGCACCGCGAUCCUAUGCGGCCGCUUCCGGUGAGUGCACAGGGCAGCCCCACCUUACCGUUGGCCAUUAAGAAGUCGACGAUGAUGCGCAAUCCUGACUCCACGCGUCGCUACCACAGGCUUCAGUGGAACGAUGAUGUAGACAUGACAUGA